GCAUGCCUUGUGCAGCGAUCUAGGCACAGAGCGAGGGACGGGAGACCAUAUGCACUAAGGGCAAAGGGAGAAACGAACCUGCUUGAGGAAGUCACCAUCCUGCAGGAGGCUGCAAGAGAUGAGCGACAUUUGGAGCACCACGCAGAGGGACUCACCCUUGCGGACCAGCCUCUUCUUGUAUCUUGCCGCUCUUCUGCUCCAACAGGCAGGCCCCAUAGAGGCCCAGAAACACUGUCAUGUACCCACACAAGAGAUAAUGAAAGAGGAGGCGAACAUGGUGGCUGACAUGGACGACGACAUGGAAAAAAGAUGCCCUGCACCGUCUACACAGUGUGGGAAGCUGGACAGGUUAAAACAGUUAGAACAGAAGCUGUUGGGAGUCCGUUUCCAAGAGAACAACUUCACUGUCAUAUGCCCCAACAUUCAGACUUUAGUCAUCAAGAUUACGCCACUGUUCCCAGGGCUGAAUCUCAGCAGCAAGUCAAUGCCGCCCAAGUCCAGAAGGAAUACACCAACCCAACACUCCAUGCAUUUCCCAGCUGCACUGGUGCCGACAUGGCGGAGUACACCAGCAGAAAUGAAACUCAUCUGCAUUUAUCUCAACACCCCUUGCCUGUUCCAGGACUGGAAGAAUAGCUCCCUACUGAACAAUGACAUCUUAGGGGCCACCCUUGAAAACUACAGCGUCACCAACCUCACUGAGCCUGUGGAGAUCCGGUUCUGGCAUAACCAAAAGCUGGAUAACUCAAAUGCGAUCUGCGUCUUUUGGGAGGAAGGACCAGAAAAUGGCAGCCUGGGGAACUGGAGCAGCGCUGGCUGUAAGACCAUCCACCGAAAAGACGUAGUACUGUGCCGGUGUAACCACCUCACCUACUUUGCCGUGCUGCUGAAAAUCUCCUCAGCGCCCAUAGACGAGGCCAUCCUGGCUCCUCUCACCUACAUCUCCAUGGUGGGCUGCAGUGUCUCAGCCGCUGCCUCGCUCCUCACCAUCCUCCACUACCUCGCCUCCAGGAAAAAGAGCAGAGAUUAUACAACCAAAAUCCACAUGAACCUGCUGGGUGCCCUCUUCUUGCUGAAUGUCUUCUUCCUGCUCAGUGGGCCCCUGGCAUCGGUUCACUCCACAUGGCUCUGCAGAGGCACUGCCGCCUUCCUCCAAUACUCCCUGCUCUGCUGCUUGACCUGGAUGGCCAUCGAGGGCUUCCACCUCUACCUGCUCUUGAUCAAAGUCUACAACGUGUACAUCAGGAGAUACGUCCUCAAGCUGUGCGCCGUUGGCUGGGGACUGCCAGCCUUAGCUGUGGUUAGCAUUCUCAUCUUCAAGGAAGAGACAUACGGGCUGCACAUAAUUGAAACCAACACGGGCUACGACAAUGCAACUAUGUGUUGGAUCACAGACAAGGCCCAGGAUGUUCAUUACAUCCUCAACGUGGGCUACGCUGGUAUCACCAUACUCUUCAACAUGGUCAUCUUAGUCACCGUCAUGAGGAUGCUGAGGAACCUGAGAUCCAACAUGAACAGUCAGAAAGAACGAGUGAAGAAGGAUCUGGUGACAGUGCUGGGACUGACGUGCCUGCUAGGAACGACCUGGGCACUGGCCUUCCUCGGUUUCGGUGUCUUCUUGAUUCCUCAGCUCAUCCUCUUCACUAUCAUCAACUCCCUCCUGGGGUUCUUCAUCUGCCUCUGGUACUGCACCGUCCGCCGCCAGCCGGACACCGGCCCCUCCACCGGGAGUUCUCAGAUGACAAAAUAA